CCUAAAGUGAUCAACUAACUGGAUACUUGAUUUCAAUCAAAACGUUUUGGUGCAGUUUUACUAGGCUAAUCUAAAGGUUCCAGAUUGCGCGCCUCCCGAUGUCGUGACUGUAAACUCAGAAGUGAAUAUCGUGGAAUGGGGGAUCUUAACCUUCUAAAACCAUAUGCCGUUUUUGAACAACUAUUUGAGCAGAAGAUUAGAAUAGAAGACAGGGAUUGUCUCGAGUUUGCUGAUAUAAACGUCGCUGCUGGUAUCUUAACCUCCUGUCAUGGUUCAGCUCUUGUCAAAGUCGGAAAAACUCAGGUGAUUGCAGGUGUAAAGGUCAAGGUAAUUCCAGAAAGCGGAAACUCAGGCAACAUAACCUGCAAUGUCGAGUUUGCUGGUCUCUGUCAUAGAGGUUCACGUUUAAAUGCUCCACAACCUAAGUAUGCUCAGUGGCUAUCUUCUACAAUUCAAAGACUCCUGAAUAAUUUUGCAUUCCCAUCUAUUGAAAACCAGCUAAACAUAUUCUCAAUAAAUGACCCAGACACACUUACACCGGUAGCUUCCUACACUUUGAAGCUCGAUGUCUUCAUCCUUCAUGACGAUGGGUGCUUACUAGAUGCUUGUGUCCCCGCUGCACUUGUUAGUCUUUGUACAACAAAGUGGACAAAGUUAUAUGCGGUUACGGAUGAACAAGCUGCGGGAUCCUAUUUAGAAUUAUAUAAACCAGGACCACGAAAUGAGACAAAAUCCCUAAAAAUGAAUGAAUGGCCUGUUUCACUGUCUUUCUGCUUCGUUCCUCGCCCGGUUGCUGAUAGAAAGUCAAAGACAGUCCCUAUUAUUGCCCAACCAACGAAACGAGAGUUAGAUAUUUGGGAUACCGAUGCUGGUCCAGUACACAUAACUGUCUCUCAGGGUGCUGUCGUCGAUCUUUCUGUGGUCAGUGCAUUUUUAACGGGUCUUUGGGACAGUUUAUUUGUAACGAGUGCAAAUGAAAGUAAUGUAGUCAACUCAUGGGAAGUUUUGUUUGAUUCUGCCGUUUCUCACGCUCAGAAAGUUCUACAGAUAAUCCAAAAGGCAGUAAACUAGUUUGUAUAGUUCACGACAAUUAUCAUAUGAAUAUUUAUCUCGUGCAAAUACAUCUAUAAGAAGAUUUUGUUUUGUGCAGUGAUGUUUUAUUUCAUACAGAUUGAUAGUUAUCUGAUUUUAUUUAUAUGAAAAUUCUUCAUCGAAACAAGUAAUGUUCUCAAAACGGCUCUGUGUUCACUGUAACUAGUUCGGGAAUUUUCAACUGUUUUGAUGAUGGCAUUAUUCAGUGAAUGUCAGUCAAAUGUGUUUCAUUGUGCGUAACACUAUCUUUUCUAAAAAAUUUCAGCCUUACUACUUUUUUUGUAUGGUCUACAAUAAAUUUGUUAAUCUCACUGUAAGAAAAUAAAACUUAUUGAAUAUUAAAAUGAAAAUCGUUUUGCUUAGCAAGAUAAUAUCAUAAUAUAAUGUAUCUUCUGUUAUAUAGUAUCGAUGUUACUUUGUUCUGUUGGUGAAUUUUCCACCAAAAUUUAUUAGGUUUCAUUCACCAUAUUCCUAUUGAGAAAUCCAGCUAACACAGUAAGAGUGUUAGCAUAAUGUAACAGAUUUAUCUGCAACCAACCCAAAAAAUAUCUUACUAAUGUAAACCAAAUUGGGAUUGCAACUCGACGGUUUUGUGAUAUUGGAUUAGCGCAUAAAUUCUGGCUAAUGUACUGAGAUUUCUUAUCGCAAUCGUUAGAGACUUUCCUGAAGGUUGAUAUAUAACCAUUUUAAUCCGAUCUUGUCAACGAAAGCUGUAUUAUCUUACAUAUAUUUCCCAGCAGUAACUAACUUUCUAACAUUGUUUACCGCUGACAAUCAAAAGACUUAUAUUUCAAUAGUCGGACGUAAACAACUUAUGGUUGAUUCAUUAGUACUUCUUUCAUCUGUAAUAGAUCCGAAGCAUGUUAUGAAUAUCUAUCAAAUCAUAUCAAAAACCACGUAAAGGCUUGUACUAGGCCCUGGUACGGGUGAGGGUGUGACCAAUCCGUUCUUCUCGAAAUGCUCUCACUUGGCCACGCGUAUAUAUUUACUGUCAUGGAAGUCCUACUCGCUGCCUUCUUGGGGUGGGUGUUGUUUAUGAAAUUCAGAAGACGAAAAGCUAAUGUUUGGCUCUUUAACCGGGUUGGUGGGUAUGGAGGAUCCAUCUAGAGGAGUCGGAAAACUGUGAUCUCAAACCAAUAUUGCACAUGGGCUCCAGGAUCCUAAGGAAACAAAUGGCGUAUGAUCCUAUUGUUGGUCACUGGCUACUAUGGGACUGUGUCUCCUUACGUUGAACCACUACCUUGUACAUCAGACCUCUAGGUCGAAGGCUCCGGAUGUGACUCUCUAAGAGAACCACCUGCUUCGUUUUAGGCACCUGGGCAGUAUCACAGCCCUCACACAAAUCAGUGUUAACUACCACUGGUCUCAUUGUUAUUUUGUGGCGCAUAUGUACUUAGUGCUCCC